AUGUGUCAUCCAUUGACACCCUCAACAAGCCCGAUUGCAAGCAUUUCUGUUUACACUACUUUCAAAAAUACUGCUUGUUGCGGAGCUGGAGGAGAAGUCCCACGGGAGACAUUUCAAGAGAACCAGAUGUCCACGACGGAAAAGUUCACUAUUUUCUUUAAAAGAGAUCCAGCCCUCCUAAACUUUGAAACCGGUAGGGCUUCGGUCUCUAUAGAAGACGGAGCCCCUCUUGAAAGCGGUAAGAAUUCUCCUUCUACGCCGAUCAGCAAAACGCGAAUGAAGCCUCUCCAAAUUGUUUCCCCGAAAUCGCAGAAGCAGUUGAGAUCAAACGUGAGUAGAAAGAGGAGACGCUAA